AUGGCGAUGCCAAGCGUGCUGGUCUCCAGGCCUGUAUCAAGGUUCGAGAGACAAUGGCUGCCGAUGGAUAACCAGACUCUCUACAAAAUGGAGCGAGGAGAGAUCAGAAGUCUUGAACUAAACACAUCUCUGAUGUCGGACACUCAUGUCUACAUUACCAUCAGUCCGUGUUCUACAUCGUUUCAUUGGGGCCUGUACCAGGGCAGAUCAGGGGACAAUGAUGGAAACCUUAAGCUGCUAGAAGAGUAUGAGGGUGCUGAAAUGAAAAUUUUGUCUGUGAUUAUUCGAAGGCAAGAAAAGUAUAUUUUACAGUUGUCGGCGUCUAACAGUGGUACCAUAGUGGUGAGUGUACGGGGAGAGGUGACGAGACGUGUUCGCAUGCGACUACGGGUUCGAUCGAGACGCAGGCUUUCGGCGAAUUGGGAUCCCAGCCCAAUAGAUCCGCAGUCCACAACGUACUGUGUCGUCGCAUCGCAAAGGAAAAACUACACCUCACUCUGCGCAGCUCGGAGCGAUGUGAAGGCAAGCCGUUUGGAGAACAAAUCUGUCCGCUUCAACUCCGAGGAGGAUCGCUCCGAGCCGGAGACAAACGAUUCUAAUCUACACGAUCGUUUAGCAAGCAAUAUGACCACUCAAGCGUCCCUUGAAGUCGACAAUAAAGUGCACUUGGACAUAGAUGGAUUCGACAUUUACGAAGGCAAUUUCAAAAACGUUUACAGGAAAAAGAAGUUCGGUCGAAGCACAAAAGUAAGCACCGAGGACCCGUUAAUUGCAUGUGUUGGUGAUAGAACACAUCAUGUUAUAGAAAAUUUGGACCCAAGCACGACAUAUUUCGUGAGCGUGUUCGCGGUAUCCAGGGACCGUCGUGCGGGCUCUCUCUUGGCUACUGGCAAAGUCCGUCCGCGUACUUCAACAGCGAAGAGGCUUCGUGAGAACGUUCCUCUGAGGAACGAAAUCAAAGGGAAAUCCGUGUACUACUUUAAGGCAGCUGUGGGAACAGGGGGUGGUAUUUGGGUUGCCAUAUCGACAUGUGGUGGCGCACUGGACGUCGAAGUGUUGGUAAAAGGAAAGCGUCUUUAUAUGGCAAAAAGCAUAGAACCUCACUCGAAAUUUUACGUGCCGGCACCCCUACUGGCAUCCUCCGUCCAAGAGACCAGCGACGAAGGGUCCGUGCAGUUCGACUCCAGUUCGGAAGAGACGAAGAUACGUUACGUCAUACGCGCGUUACCAAGCAAAUGGAACAGAGACGAGUCCGUACAUCUUGAGUUGAUAGUUUCGACUACGCGCUGGGGUAUAAGCAUACCCGAACUCCUUGAUGACGGUGGAAUAGUGAGAGAACUAAGACCUCGACGUUCUUGCAAGUCUGUGGAUGUGGCCUUCCUGCCAGCGACUCACAAUGCAACGGAUGUGAUGAGAUAUUGUAUUGUAGCUCGAGAGAGUCCAAGCAAAGAUAACGGAUGCCUUUCAACGAAGAAGUCGUCGAAGGCGCAAUGCGUUAAUCAUAUGCAGAGACCACCCACGCGAGUUAUAAUAAAGAAGGUGACGGGGCUAAAGUCUGGAAGGAAGUAUGUCAUUCAAGUGACAGCAUCAAGCAAAGGUUCUUCGGUCCCGUACAACGUACUAUACGUCGAUACAAACGCUUCAUGCAAAGACGAA